AUGCAUCAAAUAAAAUCACCAGCAGGGUCUGGGACCUCUGACGAUCGUUCGUCGGAGGACAGCUCCUCAGAUCGCCAACAACUGCAAACCGUCUUCAGAAUAUCCCUGCCAGGCAAGAAACAAAAGACGUUCCAUGCACGACGAGCACAUAAAAAAUCCCGAGGGGGCUGCGUGACGUGCAAAAAGAGGAGAGUGAAGUGCGAUGAGCAAAAGCCUCUCUGCCAAAAAUGCCAAAACAAAGGACUUGUGUGCUCCUAUACCCCGGAAUUAGACUUGGCGCAUCAAAAGAAAAUAAGUAAAGCCCUUGGUGUGGGUGACCCGACAGCUACAUUCUUCUCCCUUUCUUUUGAAGAUGUUUUGAACAAAGUUGAGACGGCACUCGGCUUUGAUUCAAGGCCUAUACCACCUAAACUGAUUAGUCAGAGCUCUGGGCAUCCUAUGAGUACGAUCGCGUUCCAGCAUUUUAUGAGAUGUUCCCUUGAGACUGUUGCAAAUCCUGGUAUACGCGAGGUCAUGGGUUCGGAUAUGAAUCCCCAUGUAAUGUAUACGAUUCUCGCAGUCGGCCUCCUCCACCUCAAUCGCGUCUCUCCAAACAAAGAGCGAUCAUACGCAGAAAUCUAUUUCUGGCAACGCGCCAUCCAACUCUACCAAAAAGAACUCUCCACCUCGGUCCGAGCAGACAAUGUCGACGCCCUCCUCUCAUCCUGCAUGAUGAUGGGCGUAAUGACAAUCUGCCCAGAAAACUUUAAACCCACAGAUUCCUGGGUUCUAACCAAUAAACCCGAACGGAUGAACUGGCUCUGUCUACAAAGCGGUCUAAGAAUAAUAAUCACUCUCGCUGCCCCAUACAUUCCAAACAGCAUUUGGGCCUCAUCAUUCGAAUCAAUCCACAAAGAAGAACUCAAAAUCUUCGAACGGGAGUACGAAACAGGCCGAGACGGUCUCGAUUCCGACCUCGCAGAUCUAUGCGGAAUAGACGAGUACACCACUGAGAAUAACAGCGUAUAUCAUAAUCCACUCCGGAUCCUUACUCCGCUCCUGAAGCUGGAGAAGAAUAGGCCGAAUGCGGCGCACUGCGCUACAUUUAUGGGUCGACUAGAGUGUGAUUUUCUCGCGCUUUGUCGUAAGAGGGAGGUGCCUGCUCUUGUUAUUUUGGCGCAUUGGCUGGGCCUCAUGUGUACGGUCGCUGAAUGGCAGCCGUGGAUUGAAGGGAGAAUUAGAGGAGAGUGUAUUGCGAUCUGCAUGUUUUUGGAGACCAGCACUGAUCCUUUGGUGCGACGACUGUUGAAGUUUCCUGCUGCGGCUUGUGGGUAUGAGCUUAGUACCUCAUCAGGUUAA